GUUAGUCUGGUGUCUUACAGGCUCUUCCGGGGUUGUGCGACUGAAGGAUUCUGCAUAUAAUUCUAUCUCACUUACCCUUAAAUAGGUAUAUAUGGGGUGACGGGCAUCGGCCCGUUCCUAGCAACUAUGGUUCUGUGACACCCACUCCAUCACACCGGGUCGGACCAGCAGUUCUUGUUUCGGAAUAAGGAGCCGAAUGUCUUCGGUUCGGAAUUGAAACGAUUUCUAGUGGGCUUUUUUUGGUGGUGAGGAAUCUCACCCUCUGCAGCGAACCAAAGGCACCGCGCGGAUCUCGGACCCGAAUCGUCGUUAUGUUUCGAAAUGACAGUAAGCCCUAAGUAAAGCACGUCGAAACCUGCAAGUCAUACAAAAUUCGAGAUAUUCCCCUAUUGCAACGUUGUUGAAUCGCAGAUGUUCUCUUGGCUCAUCCUGUGUUUCUGAACAUAAGCCACAAUGCCGUAUGAAGCUGCUAUAUCUGCCAAAUGGACAGGCCGUCUCAUCCUGCCUGUAGCAUUUGAUACAAUUAGAUCCCAAGAUAUUGGCAUAUAAUUACCCACCUGCUGUGGACGGUCAAACUUCUCCUGGUCGGGAUUUCAUAUUCUUAUGCUACUUAGUUAAUGUUUUUUUUCUUCUUUUUGAUACACGAAACAGAUGCCUCUCUCCGAGAAAGCUGUUCCUCUAAUCGGCGUCGUUACGCCUUUUUUGGCUAUUGCAUUUUUAGCUGUUGGCUUACGACUCCACGUUCGUGUGACCUUGUUAAAGAAUUCGGGAGUUGACGAUUGGCUUUGCCUUGGUGCGGCAUUAUGCUCAUUUGGAACGUACCUGGCGAAUAUGACUGGGAUAGUAGUCGGCUUCGGUAACCCUUUACCAAGCAUGACUCCCGAAGAGCGAGAUAUAGCGUUGAAGACACUAUGGAUCUCGCCACCCCUCUGGGGCCUCUCGUCCAGCCUAGUUAAAAUGUCCAUCGUGACAUCUUACCUUCGCAUCUGGUCGGGCAAGCGCUUCAAACUGCUCUGCUACGCUUUAAUAUGCGUAAUAUCCAUGUUCGGCCUAACGCUCUUCCUCGGCGGCAUACUCGCCUGCGUGCCCGUCUCUCUAUCCUGGGGACCGCCCGGCCCGGCCUCGCGCGACCCCCGACACUGCAUGGACCUCCCGCUUUUCAUGUUCGCCACCUCGAUCCCAAACACGGCUAUAGACCUAGCUGUCCUCGCCGUCCCCAUCCCCCUAUUCCGAAAGCUGCAUAUCGCACCGAAGCAGCGCGCCGCGCUCACUGCCGUUUUCACCGUCGGUGUUGUCGUCUGUAUCGCUUCUAUCAUGCGGCUCGUCACUUUGCAGCACGUGCGCCACACAGAGGACCCGUCUGUUAGCGGCCUUCCGCUGGGAAUUUGGUCCGGCGUCGAGCUCGACUUGGGUAUUAUCUGUGCGUGUCUGCCCACGCUGCGUCCGAUGAUCGCCCGCGCGUUUCCGCGCCUGCUGGGCUCUACGGCCGACUCCGAGCUGAGCUGGCAGGGGACGCAGCGGAUUACUCGCGACGGGAACGGGUCAUACCGUAUGCAUGAGUUACAUUCUAACGACGAAGAUGGCAAGUCGAGAAAUGGGGAUACGGAAACAAUAACGAUUAGGGGGACUUCGGGAUUCCCGUGCGCUCCAGCACCAUUGCAUCUAGACAGGCAUAGCAAGUCGUAUAUGAAUUUCGACUAGGUAAUAGAUAAUCUAAUUGAAUGUUUCCUUAAUCUAAGCCGUUUAUAAACCUAAUGAUGCUUUGCUUAUUGUCUACUUACCUGUCUUGGGUAU